AUGUUCAGAAUAUUAAUUGCGACAAAGCCACCAUGCCAACGCCUCUUUCAAACACCUGAGGACCCCAGGUGCACCCGGGUUGUCGUCCCCGAGGUCCAGGACCACGUGACGACUGCCCCAGCGGUGGACCCCCCCCCUGCCCUCCGUCACGUCCCCCUGCGGGGACGUAACUCUGGCGUAGAUGUUCCGACAGAAAUCGAUACGUUUGAGAACUCCUUCGAUGACAUCUUGCAAACGGUCAGUCUAUCUUUGGUAACCACCCAAAGGGUCGCACAAUCUCCUUCGCUGGUGAUCGUCGAUCAGCCUGCUGUGGUCAAGACUGUUUGUCACUUUCUCGCGGCGGACUGUGGCCUCAUCUACAACGAGGGCGUCAACGUUUAUGGCGACUUUAUUCUCCACAAGUACGGCCAUGUUGAGCAGAGCGACGUCCCCGGCCCAGCGGACGAUAAUGAGGAGACGGAGAGGUUGAUUCGGUACUGGCACACAGAGAACUUGGUUCAUCCGUUGAGGCAUGUUCCAGGCAAUCCAUGGCACAAGUUCUUUGGGAACCUCCAGCCAGGCCCGAUAGUGAGACCAGACUUGUUCAGGGAGCGCAAGCCGCAACCGUACUUCAGGCUCAUGUUUCCGACUACCAUUACCUGGGUACAACCCGAGAUCCGCCGCGAUUAUGAUAAUUAUCGCGAAAUAUUUGAGAAAUCUCUCCGAUUCCCUGGACCACGUCUCCCAGAAGCAAUCAGAGUCGCCAGGACUGGAGGAGUCCAGUGCCGCUUGUCCCAUUAUUUCAGGGGCUGGAAGAGAACCGAGGAGGCAACGAUCUUGUGUCUGAAGGAUAUGAGUGAGAUUCCUUGCCCGGAAUAUGACCUCUUGGGUCUCUCAGGACUCGAGGCGUUGAAUGCUGAGGUCAAUGCCCCAGACUUGGCAGGGAUUGCUUUGUUAGGAGAGGAUAUCCCCGAUGUCCCCAUUUUCCUAGAAGCGGAGAGCUCUCCAGAACGAGUGACUAUAUACCUAAGUCCUGUGUGCUCAGUGUGCUCAGUUGUACCCUCCAACUGA